GUGAGCGGCACGGAGCACAGCAGCUCUUGAGCACCCAGCAGCACACAGAAUGCAAGGAAUCUACCCCCUUGUUAUAGACCAACAGCCCAAGUACCAGGGCUGAGAGAAGAUCUAAGAGGAAACAAAGGGUGGAAUUAGAAACCAAACAAGGAAAAUUUACAGAAACAAGGAGAAGAAAGACAAGGAGGAUCAUUGGUUGAGCAUUUGGCACUGGGGUUUAAAGUUGUCUUGUUGCCCUCUCUGAGUGUCCUGGAUAUUAGUCCUCUCCUCUCCAUCCCUGUGCAGACAAGGUCAUGGGGUGGCUGAGGAGACUGGUGCUCUCCAUGUGCAUGCUUCUCAUUUUGCUUCAUGGCUUGGAGCCGGCUGUACCCCUGCAGGAGUUCUACCCAUUUGGCCUGGAUGAGGGUGACUCCCAGACCAUCGAGCAAGAUGAUGGGGGUUCAGGACUGGUAGCAAUCUCUGUGGCUUUCCCUUUCUUCGGAGAACAGCACGCGGGACUCUAUGUCAACAACAAUGGCCUGGUGUCUUUCCUGAGGGAGGUGUCCCAGUUCACCCCAGUGGCUUUCCCUAUUGCUGGAGACCGCAGGGUGGUGGCUCCAUUCUGGGCAGAUGUAGACAACCGACGGGCAGGAAAAGUUUUCUAUCGAGAAAGCAAAGAUCCUGCCAUUCUGAGAAGAGCCACUGCAGACAUUAAUCGUUACUUCCCUGAGUUCCCUAUGUUUGUCACUACAUGGGUGCUGAUUGCUACCUGGCAUCAAGUCACAUUUUUUGGUGGCAGCUCAAUAACUCCGGUCAAUACAUUUCAAGUAGUUCUCAUCACAGAUGGUGAGCUCUCCUUCACCAUCUUCCAGUACCACAAUAUUUAUUGGACAACAGGGAUGCAUGCCACCAGUGGUGGUGACCUAGCAGGCUUGAUGGGCAUAGCUGCACAGGCAGGUUUUAAUGCUGGCGAUGGGAGGCGCUAUUUCAACAUCCCAGGCUCUCGGACAGAUGAUAUUGUUGAAGUUGAAACCACCACAAAUGUGGGCUAUCCUGGUCGAUGGGUCUUUCGUAUUGAUGAUUCUCAGGUGCAAGUGGGCAGCUGCAAUGACUCAGCGUCGGUCUGUGCUAACUUAAGGCCCUGUCAAAAUGGUGGCCGUUGCAUUGAUGACUGCAUCACUGGAAAUCCCUCUUUCACUUGCUCGUGUUUGGCUGGCUUCACUGGACGCAGGUGCCAGAUAGAAGUUGAUGAGUGCUCAUCAUACCCCUGUCAGAAUGGAGGCACAUGUGUGGACAAGAUCAACCACUUCAUCUGCCUGUGUCCAGUGGGAUUCAUAGGGACAACAUGUGAGACAGACAUAGACGAGUGCCAAGAGACCCCAUGCCUCAAUGGAGCACAGUGCAUACAGGGUGUCGGCAACUUCACCUGCGUAUGCCAAGCAGGUUACAUUGGGUUCCUAUGCGAGUCAGAUAUUAAUGAAUGUGCAUCCAUGCCAUGUUUGAAUGGAGGUGUGUGUGAAGACCUGGUGAAUAACUACACCUGCACCUGUACAGCAAACUUCACUGGAAGCCACUGUGAGACAGUUCCCUGCGAUGGAGAGAGUUGUGAAAAGCGUCAACUCUGCGAGUACAUUGGCUCUGGAAACUACAACUGCACCUGCAUCCCAGGUUACUACGGUGACGAUUGUGAAGAGGAGUGUCCCUGUCAGAAUGGAGGGGUUUGUGUUGAUGUGAAUGGCACCUGUGAAUGUCCAACAGGCUUCACUGGACUCUACUGUCAGUUUGAAGUAACACAAACCCCCUGUAGUAACAACAGACCGUGUCCAGAUGGAGGUCCAUGCUUAGAGUAUGGUGGCACGUACCUCUGCACCUGCCAAACUGGUGUUGACUUUGAUCACAAGGAUUUCUACCCAUAUGUACAGCCCCGAUCAGCCUGCGAUUCCACACCGUGUCAGAAUGGAGGGUAUUGCUAUGAGAGAGACGGAGGCUACAUUUGUGAGUGCAAGCACGGCUACAGAGGAGAGCAUUGCGAAAGAGUCAGAUUAAGUAUCUGUGCCUCUAGUCCCUGUCGUAAUGGAGGCUCUUGCAAAGAAGAAGCUGACAGCUACCGAUGUGACUGUCCCUACCAUUUCACAGGGAAACACUGUGAAGUGGGAAAGCCAGAUCCUUGUGCCUCCAGUCCCUGUCUGAAUGGGGGAACAUGUUUCCACUACAUUGGUAAAUACAAAUGUGAGUGCUCCCCAUCCUUCAUAGGAAGACACUGCGAGAUCAACAGAGGAUCCAAUCCGGCAUUAGAGGGUCUGGACUGUGGCUCCCCUGUGAAAGUCAAGCACGCAGAGGUGCAGUAUUCCUCCACUACUCCAGGCUCCAUGGCUUCGUAUGUAUGCCACCCAGGCUACACUCCCCUUCCGAGGGCCACCCAGAGCAUCUGCAGCAGCCAGGGGUCCUGGAGCCAGCCUCCAGUCUGUGAAGAACAGGAUGGAUGUGAGCCAAAUCCUUGCUUGAAUGGAGGUGUAUGCCGAGGCUACAGGAGAAACCACCUGUGUGUGUGUAAAGAAGGUUAUGUUGGAGACCGCUGUCAGACAUUGGAGAACCCGUGUGUCCUGCAGCCGUGCGGAAACCGAGGCGUCUGUUGGAGUGAUAGAAGGGGGAACUACAGCUGCGCCUGCAGGGUGGGCCACACAGGGAGAGACUGUGAGAGAGACCUGUUGCCUCCAUCUGGCCUGCAUGUGUUGCGGGUAGAAGAAAAUGAAGUUGAGUUACGAUGGGAUCAGUCAGAUGCCACUCAGAAUUUAAUCAGCGGCUUUGCAGUUGCCUUUGCUCCUAUUGGUCGUGGACCGAGGAAGACAGACUACUUGGAAAAGCAGCAUUCUACCUAUGUACUACAGGGCCUGAACCCCGGACAGCUUUACAACAUCUCCACCUUCUCCGUCAAACGCAACACCAACAGCAAUGACAUAAGCCAGCCAGCUUUCGCUCUCAUCCGCACUAGGCCACAUAAGGUGGAACAGCUGGAGGUAGUGAAUGUGUCGUCCUCUCAGGUUUGGCUGCGGUGGCUGGUGCAUGUUGGCCACCAUGCUGCGGUCAGUCAGGUCCGGGUGUCCCUGGUGCCUGCAGAUGGUAGUGGACCUCGCACAGCUGUGCUCAAUAGCAGCGUCACAGAGUACACAUUUAGCACAUUGCUCCCAGGUCAGAUGUACACAGUAGAUGUAGUCACGCAGAGUGGUUUGCGCCCUGAAGACCUACCAUCAACUAGCAAAUCUGCUGGGCCACUGCACUUCUGGACCAGACCGCUUCCACCUCAGAACCUUUCACUCUCCCACAUCACCACCACCUCUGCUCGGGUCACAUGGGACCAUCAUCCUCGGAGUCUUCCAGAUGGUUUUGUGGUCAAUAUUACUCAAGGCCUGAGCACCCGUAGCCGCUACCUACCUGAUGGAAGUUUAGGGACUUAUACACUACGAGACCUCAAUCCAGGACAGCAUUACCGUCUUGCCCUCACUGCUGUACGCAAAAUGGGCCAGGACAACAUUCAGAGCAUCCCUCAACACCUAGCCUUCACCACACUACCAGUUCCAAAGGGCCAAAGCAGCGGUGACAGACUUAAGGGAGGACAGGACUACCAGACAGGACAGACCUUGACACAAGUUCAAGAUGGAGGCACAGAUGACCACACAGAACUCCUUGAAGAGCCCCAAAGAUAUACAGAGCUUAUUGACAGAAGAGGGAGAAUUACAGCUAAAUUUACCAACCUUCCACAUAAAACCAUCAGACACCACACAAAGCCUGACCCUCCAAUCAAAUUAGAAAGGAUGGAAGAAACCACCAAUAAGAUUAGUCUAGCUCUGGAAAUUCCUGAAGAAGCGACAACGAGUAAAUCUGAGUCAUCCCAAGAUUGCAGAACUCAGCCCUGCCAGAAUGGUGGAACAUGUGCACAGAUCAACGAAUCGUUCAGCUGCAACUGUGCCGCUGGUUUCAAGGGCAGACAGUGUGAGCUAUAUUGUCAGCGAGUACCUCACCCAUGUACUCGCCUUUACUCCGAAACAAAGAGUGUGCCUGUGUGGGAGGAUGGUGUCUGCCAUUAUUUGUACAAAAGGACAUAUAAAGUUCAGCAGGAUGUUUGUUUUAGAGAGAUAUGUGAGCCUUUGCUGCCUAAGAAAGUACUGCCCAAGACUCCAAACAGAAGAACUCAAAAACAACAACAAUAGUGGCGAGUAUAUUUUAUAUCUCUGAUAGAAGUGGACAAAAACAUAUCGUCACAUACUGAAUGUGUUUUUUUUUUCUGUUUUAGGAGACUGAAUCAAUGACAGCUUUGGGGAGUAAUUGCUUCUCUUAGUCUUAGUUUAAAUGAGGAUGCAUUACCAUCAUUGUUGACCCUUUUUUUUGCAUCACUGGUCACCUUUUAUUGGCUACAUUGUCCUAUGGAUGUAUAUUUGUUCAUUUACAACUCCAGAUCUGUAGAUGAGCUUGACCAUAUGAUUUAGGAUUUAUCUGCAUCAAAUAGCAUACCUCAAAUGUAAAUAUUAUGUGAUAUUGACAUGUAGUGGUCGUCAAGUCCCUCAGGGAAUUUUUUUGAAUUGUUGCCUGUUCAGUCUCCAAAACCUACAAGUAUUCAAACCUGGUUCUCUCCUACAGCAAGAUCACACAAAAUACUGGAAAAAAUGUCAUACCAUUGUUUCUGUUUGUGUUACAGAAAACUGUCUGCUAACUACCAUGUAA